GCAGAGGGAGGAGGUGAUUAUGAAGUUGCAGUAUGAUAUGCAUGUUUCUUGAGACUCGUGGAGCCUUGGCUGCCCUGGACGUGAAGAUUCACCUGGCGUGGUUGUUGUCGCGUCACCCGGCGGCUAAGCAGAUAAAAAUGCAAGCGACCUGACCGCUCGUCGCAUUUCGCAGUUUUUCCCAACUGCCGUUGCCUUUGUUCGAGAGACUGACACCAGUCCCUUUCCCACUUCCACCUGUUCGCCCGAGCUACUAACACGCCAUGGCAGCCUCCCGGGCGUCGUCCAUGGAGUCCCUGGGCGGUUCUCCCGCUGUCACCUCGCGGAAAGCCUCAUUGCACCAGCAGCAAUCCGUCAGCAAGCCACUCCAAAAGGCACCUUUUGCAGAUAACCCUACCCAUGGCGUUGUGCCACUGAGUGCCACAGAGAUAUUCCUCCAACGGCUGAACGGCUGGGCGCAGCUCGUCAAGCGUCUGAUCACCCAAUUUGAAGCCGUCAUCGAGCACCAAAAGCGCAUGGCCGAGAGCUACAGCAAGCUCGCCCGGGACUUUCAAAGCCCCGUUCGGACGCGGGACGGAGAAGCUAUUUUCGGGCCGGACGAAACCACCCAGUUCCUCUUCCAGGGCCUGCUAUCCUCGCACAUCCAGGCCGCGCAGGAGAAUACGGAAGCCGCAGAGUUGCUGGAUCAGUACCUGUUACCGGAUCUGAGGUCGCUGCUGGCGGAUCUGAGGAAGAAGGGGGCGGAUACGGAUCGGGAGUGGACAGGGUUGGAUAAGGAGCUGCAGCAUGAUCGGGAGACGUAUGUGAAGCUGGCGGCGCAGCUGAGGAUUGCGCUGGCGAGGCAUGGGGGGGAGGCGUAUAGUGGUGUGGAGAAGGAGUCGAGUGCUUGGAGGGAUCCGUGGACUGUGAAUAAAAGCCUGAAACGACAUAUCGCACUUUGCCUCCACAAGCAAGACCACUACCGCGCCACCCUCCUGAACCAGCAAAAACACUUUGCGACCUUCGAAUCCAGCAUCGUGCAGACCCUGCAAUUAACUCUCUCCACCUUCUUCGACUGGCAAAACAAAGACCUCACCAGCGCACAAGCCACCUUCCGUAAGCUGAAAGCUACCCUGAGCACGCUGGACGUCGCAAAGGACUGGCAAUCCUUCAGUCAGCAGCAUAUCGAUCGCAUAUUACCGCCGGACGCCGUCAGCAUCACGGAGGAUAUGAUUGCGUAUGAGGGGCAGAGCCACCCGCUGAUACACUCGACGAAGGAGGGCAUGAUGUACAAGAAGGACUCGACCAUGUUCCGCAAAGCGUGGAAGGAGGUCAUGGUGGUCGUCACCACGGCCAAUUACCUGCACGUGAUCCCGAGCGCGACACCCACGCCCUCCGCGAACGCCAACAGCCCACUGGUCUCGAUUUUAACGGAGGAGGAGGAAGUCGCGGCGCAGAACAAAGCAUCUGAACCGGAACUAAGCCUCUACCUCCCCGACUGCGUCGUUGGCCCGCUGAUGAUGAACGAGAAGGAGCCGGAGGAGUUCUUCAUACAGGAGAAGGCGGGCGGCAUGUUUGGCGGGGAGAAGAAACAUAAGUUUAAGGGCGCCAAUAUGGAUCAGUCGGCGACGUGGUGGGGAUACCUGUCCGAGAGGGUGCGGAUGGCGAAGCAGAUCACGGGGUCGGCACAGGCGCAGGCGUCGCCUGUUACGCCGGUCACGCCGACCUCGAGCAAUGGGGCCCUUGAACGGAUUGAGAACGCGCAACGCCAGCAGGGUGGUGCGGCUAUUGAUCCGUUAACUGGCGCGCCGUUGGCGACGGCUAGGGUACAGCAACAACGGUCUGCGAACCCGGAUCCGCUGGGUGCAACGAACCGCGUCGCAACACCGCAGGGUGCCAAACCCGUAAGACCUACGUCUGGAGCCCCACAAGGCCGACCGACCGCGGUUGCGACUGCCGGGUCCCGGCCACGACCCGCCGCAUCAACCGCAGCAGCAGAGAACGGAUCAGGCCCGAAACCACAGCGAGUGGCAGAUGUCCCCGUGAAAGUAGUAAAACGCGCAACGCCACCCUCCUCCCCACGCGGAUCCCCACAACCACCACGCUUGGUCAAACCCAGCCCACAAACCAUCCAAACCCAACCCGCAGAUGUCCGCCAACCCACGUUUGCCACAUUCCCGGCACCACCCAAACCCGUCGCGGUAGAGUCACCCACAAGUCCCUACAUCCAACCCCCACCAGCACCGGAAGAACAGCAACCACAACAGGAGCAAUACCACCACCAAGUCGAAACAGACUCAGAACCCGACUCGGACAUCGAACCCGCACGCCCCUCCCUGACAUUCACAACAACCGACCCCUCCCUCUCACUCUCCGCCCAAAUGGAAGCUGCUCUCAAUCCCUCAUCUACCACAACACCAAACCUCGCAGACGACGAAUUACACUCAGCCCACUCACAACCCCAUUACGACCCCUGGGGCUCGACCGCGGUCGCGACGGAUCUGUGGGGGGCGAGUGCGGCGUUGAAGAGUGAGUUUGCGAGCGCGAAGACGCCUACGGGGAGUGGGAUGGAGUUUGAGGAGGAUUUGGGGGGUAGUGCGUGGGCGUAGUGGGGUCUGGGACGGACGGGGAUGUAACAGGCUGGGGCUGGUGGGGAUGGCAG